UUUUAUUGUAAUGUAAAUCACUGCAGCUUUGAGACAACAAAACUUCACAUGUGAGUUUAGUUUGGCGAACGCGAACGGAUAUCAUCGUUGAGCAGAAUUUCAAAUCGUUUAACUAAAAACUCAGGAACUUCGUUUCAGGGCUUGAUGAGAUGAUGAGGCUGUUUUUCCUUGCAUUCCUGGUUUUCAGAGUGUCAUUCUCUUCAGUGCAUGGUCAGCAUGUCACAUGCGAGCGAUCCUUCUACAAGUUAGGAUGCUUCCAGGACAGGACAUGGUCCAGAUCCAUGUCUAAACUGCUUAUCAAUGACCGCGGCAGGUCAUCCCAAAGUCAACAGAUCGACUGGAAGAACUGGGAAGCUUACAUGCAUGGCCUCGCGUGCCGUUGUGCCCAGACUGCCUCUCAGCAUGGAUACACUAUGUUUGGUCUUCAGCAUUAUGGAGAAUGUUGGUCGGGUCCAGAGUCAUGUGACCAGUAUUCUCUUCAUGGAGAAUCCCAAUUGUGCAUCGGUAAGAACUUCACGAUGUGUAAUAUCAAUGAUGAAGGCGAGUGUGUUGGGAAGGCCAACGCCAACUUCGUGUACCUCUUGCUAGAAGAACCAGAGAAGGAAGUGGGCAUCUAAUAAAUGAAGAAACUUCUUCACAGCGCUUUAAAGUAUCGUAGACGUUAAAGUUUUCUCAAAGCUGUAAUCGAAGCAUUCUAAUUAAAAACAAGUUGCACCUUA